AUGAACUCAACCAGGCUGCAACUGGUUCUCUUCCUUCAAAUGACAUUGUUCUUCACAAUACUGUCAUCAGCCCAAGCAGCCCCAACAAACUCGAAGCUCUUCAGGGAAUACAUAGGAGCCGAGGACACUGGUGUCACAUUCUCAGAUGUACCAAUAGAUUCCGGAGUCGAGUUUCACUUCAUCCUCUCCUUUGCUAUUGACUACACAGCAUCUUCCCAUCCAAACCCCGCCAAUGGCACCUUUAACUUCACAACAUCUUCCCAUCCAAAACCCACCAAUGGCAACUUUAAUGUGUUCUGGGACACAAAGAAUCUCAGCCCUUCUCAUGUUUCUGCUAUUAAGGCCAAUCAUCCAAAUGCUAAAGUUGCUCUGAGUCUUGGAGGAGAUACCGUAACCGGUAAACAGUAUGCAUACUUCAGUCCUACAUCAAUCAAUUCUUGGGUCAGAAAUGCUGUCACUUCAAUAGUUCAGAUAACUGAAAAAUAUAAGUUGGAUGGAAUUGAUAUUGACUAUGAACACUUCGAGACAGAUCCCAAUACAUUUGCUGAAUGCAUUGGGCAACUAUUAUUCCACCUUAAACAUAAUAAUGUAGUAUCCUUCACAUCAAUUGCACCGUAUGACAAUGAUUCUGUGCAACCAUAUUACUUGGCAUUGUGGAAGAAGUAUGGGCACCUCAUUGACUAUGUUAACUUUCAGUUUUAUGCCUACAAUAAGGGCACAACAAUAACUCAGUUUAUGAAACAUUUUGAGACCCAGAGCUCAAAUUACAAAGGUGGCAAGAUUGUGGUGAGCAUUGGAACAGAUAAAAGUGGGGGUUUGUCUCCUGAAAAUGGGUUCUUUAAGGCUUGUGCUAGGCUUAGAAGUCAGGGCAAACUUCAUGGCAUUUUUAUUUGGUCCGCAGAUGACUCCAAGAAGGCUGAUUUUCACUAUGAAAAGCAAUCACAAAGCUUUCUUGUUAGCUAA